AUGGAAUCAACCAGUUUAGAGUCCUCCAUUCCUUUCGACCACACAUACAUUCUUUACGAUCCCAAUGACAUAAUAUCAACCAUAUGUGUUCAGUUUUCACUUCUUCCAAUCUACAUCAUGGUGUUUUACACCUCCUGGUUCCUUAUCACUAGAGAGAUCGAACCUGUCAUUAUAGUGGGAGGUCACCUAGUUGGAGAGGUAAUGAACAAAAUCGUCAAGCAUAUAGUGAAACAACCACGUCCUGAUUUUCACAAGGACUUUGGCGCAGGUUCCUACGGACUCAGCUACGGAAUGCCUUCUGCUCAUUCUCAGUUCAUGGGUCUUUUUGCAGCCUACUACAUUUGCACGAUUUUGAUGAAAGUUCCCCUUCAGAAAUGGCAGAAGGUGGUUGGAUCGUUUCUUCUUUCCGUGUCAGCCCUUGGUGUGGCGUUUUCCAGAGUGUACUUGUUGUACCAUACCGCAGAACAGGUCAUAGUGGGAGUAUUGCUUGGAGCCGUUUUGGGAACUGGUUUCUUUGUUGUGGCUUCUGUUUUCCGUGAUAUCGGAAUAGUUGAUUGGGUUCUUUCGUGGCGCAUUGUUCGCUUCUUCUGGAUCAAGGAUCUGUACUAUCAUAGCUAUCAGACCUUUGAGGAGGAAUGGAAAGCCACGCAAACAAGGGCUCAAGCAGCUAGGCAGAAACAGGAGUGA